AUGUUCUAUCUUUGUCUGUUCAUAGAAGGAGAAUCAGCUUCAGCGGCGAACAGCCAUUACUUCAAUAUCACAGGCACUGCAGCAUCCGCCAUAGUACAGCCAACAAGUACUGCACAGUCAACAAGCUCCACCGAGACGACAAGCUCAACCCACACUACAUCCUCUACUAUUGCGGAUACAUCAACCCCAACGUCAGCGGCCGAAUCAACAUCUACAUCUAGCACUGAUGUUGCUUCGCCGCCUCCUGCUGGGAUGAGCGUUGGCGUGAAGGCUGGAAUAGGAAUUGGAAUCGCCGCUGCAAUCACCUCGGGCAUUAUCGCAGGUUGGUUCACUUUUGGUCGGAGGAAAAGGCAGAACGUCGAUCUACCGAAGAAUAUGGCUAUAAAAUCUGGCUAUUAUCAGCAGGAAAAGUUUCAGGGACAAAUGCCGUAUCAGUGGGGGAGUGAGAGUACGGUGGUCGCCGAAAUGUUCAGACAGGAGCAAAGGAAUCAGUUGAGUGAUGAGAGCACAAUAGCUCCACGAAUGUACGAACAGGCGCAAAGGAGUAAUCAAUUUAGUGACCAGGGCAACGUUGUGCCCCAGAUAUACCAGGGGGAGCAGAGGAAUGACCAUAUAUACGAGCUGCCAGAUUAUCGUGCACAAUAG